AUGAUGGUGAAUGCCAUGGGGACAGCUAGCACUGGCAUCAAUCCGCGCGUGGAACCCGUACCAACGGUACCGAUAGCUGUGCUGCUUCAGGACCUCUCUGACGACGCCAACCUGGAGCUUUGUCAGACACGUCUGACACAUGGACAACGUGCCCAAGGUGUUGUGCGCAGGUGGUGGGGGGCGAAUGGUGACACAGUCUUCUUGGGAAUUGUCAUCGGGGUCGUGGGCGGAGCCGUAUGGGCCAUCGUCUCGAAGGCACUGCGCUCCUCGGAGUUGCACAUGGGAUGGAGGAUUGAAUCGGGUUUCGAGAUGUACCAAAAACACAGUGACAAACGAUGGCUCGACGCCUUCAGACCUUCAGAAAAAAGGUGGAAGGCAUUUCUUGAAUAUCACAAGAAUUCUAUGCAGGCUUCUCUGGUGAGACGGAUGCAGAUUCAGGAGGCGGCCUCUCUGGCGAUGGGGCACACUGCCUCGGUCAGAAUGCCCCUCCUGGAGGCAAGGUGA